UAUAUUAAUGUACAUCUCCACAAACACAGGAUAAUAAAAUCCUGACCACCCAUUAAUCGAUACGCCACCAGAAUUAAAUGUAUGUGUCUUCAGAAGACUAAACUGUACAGUACAGUACAUCGCAACGGAAUCGUUCGCCAACCAAUUUUGUAAGAAGGCGGAAGUGUUCAACUCAACCAGUCCUUAUGUUUACGUCGUUUUUACAGAGCUGCAAUGUUUGAAUGUCAAGUUAGUUUGGUGAAAACAGGACAGUUUGGUCAGCUCGCAUGACCUUCGGUUGGGUUGUUCUGACGGUUAACCACUGUCUACAUUAAUUAUUGCUGUCAAAGUCAUUCCAGGUUCAAACAAUGGCGUUAUUUGAGAGAUUGAUAGUUUCCAGUCUUCUAUCGCUCACUGUCACGAAGGCUUGGUAGUUCUUGGGGGAAAUCGGGGUAAGAAUGCAAAGCGACAUGGAAGAAAAAGUAUUAGAAGUAUACGAUGUCAUUCGCUGUAUACGAGACCCUGAGAAACCAAACACAUUAGAAGAGCUUGAAGUUGUCAAUGAGAAAUGUGUUGAAGUUAAAGACCUUGGAGAGGACGAGUACCUCAUUAUCAUCAAGUUCUCUCCGACUGUCCCUCAUUGCUCCCUUGCCACAUUAAUCGGCCUCUGUUUACAAGUUAAACUGCAACGAUGCUUGCCCUUUAAACACAAGUUGGAAAUCUACAUAACUGAAGGAACCCACUCCACCGAAGAAGACAUUAACAAGCAAAUCAAUGACAAGGAGAGAGUGGCAGCUGCGAUGGAAAACCCCAACCUCAGAGAGAUCGUGGAACAGUGUGUCUCUGAGCCUGACGACUGAGCCUCAGGGAGCAGCUCGACCUGCCGCUCUGGCUGCCGCUCUGGCUGCAGCUCGGCCUCCCAGAGGAAAUCACAGCCAUGUUGGAGGGGUUUAGAAUCCCUCUGUGUUUCUGAGGAGAUGUCUGUGGUUGAUCACUGACCUGCUCAUGUGACACUUGCGUCCUGGGAGGUUCUGCUUCUGUCUCCUGACGGAGGUGGGAUGAGUUUUGGGGUAGACGGUUUACCACCAAACGGCACAUACAAGUAAACCCUCCUGGUGGUAUGAGGUCAUUUAGUCUCUGUUUCAUGUUUCUAACUGUCAUAACGGGUAUGGAAGUGCAGUUUGCCAGUGAGGAAUAGACUGUUCAGGAGCUUAAGGAAACGGGUACAAUUCACUAUCACAGUUUAGUUAGUAGCGAACAUGGAAUAAAAUGUUGCUGCACCAGCCAUAAUGAAACCAUGUAGCUUGUUAUCUUGCUGCCUUCAGCUAAAGUAAAACAUUGUAAUUCCUAACUACACGUCCCUAUAGAGGCAAGCUCAUGGUUUAAGGGUGGGUCUGCUGUUGUUGCUAUAAAAUAAUAUGUUAUAUUUGUAUUUACCCAGGGCUCGAUUCAGGGCUUUAAAUCUACUCACAAGUAAUGACUGUUUUAGAAAUGUGAUUUUGUAUAAGAAUGCUGAAAGCACACUACUUCAAUGAUUGCACUGUAAGGCGUUUAUUGAACUGAAACAGCCAGAUGAUAAACCUGCUUCAAGGCAGUUGUGAUGAGAAGUAUUUGUGUGUACGGGUUUCCUUAAUGAAUACUCAAUGGAAUGGUAAAGCAAGGAAGUCUUGUCUAUAACAGUGUUUUCCAAUUAUGUUAAUAAAUUAGCACUUAAAAUUAAA